AUGCCCCGGUUGCGACGAGGCGAUGGCAAGCUUGCGGGCCGAACGGUGGCUCAUGGUUGCUGGGGUGAUGGUCCCAAGAAAGCAGGCGUCUUCAAGAAAAACCUUCCCAAGAACAUCGCAGAGAAGAGCAAGACCUUCGAGGCAGCGCCCCAUCCGGCAACACAGUUCCGGCGCUUUUACGAGCGCAGCGACCUUCCGAUUGCUGUGCGCCACGGCACAACGCCAACCAUCGACUGGAAGGUGGAGCCAGAGAGGCUGGACUACAUUUACCUGCUCCCCAUUUUCUUCGAUGGCUUGGUGGAAAAGGAGAAUCCGUACAGCUUCCUGGCCUACAAAGGGCUGCAGGACAUGCUGAACGCAGCACGCGGCAAGGAGCCUUCCUUGAUCUGCCCGGCUGUGCCGUCAUUGAUCAUCCCCCUCAAGAAAGCCCUGAACUCGAGGGACAUUCCAACCAUGUGCAAGGCCAUCAACACACUGCAGCUCAUGCUGAGGUCGGAGCCUAGAGUCGGCGAGCUACUGGUGCCAUACUACCGGCAGCUGUUGCCGGCUUUCAACCUCUACUUCCGCUCGACCAAAAACAUCGGGGAUGCCAUUGACUACUCUCAGCGAAAGCGCGAGAAUGUUGGCGAGCUCAUCGCCGAAACUCUCGAAAUCCUGGAGAGAAGCGGUGGCGAGGAUGCUUUCAUCAACAUUAAGUACAUGAUUCCCGCGUAUGAGUCGUGCAUGCUGAAUGGGCACUGA